AGGAACACGUGGGGCCUGGAGGGAGGAGCGCGCCCUGGCGGCCCCGUGACCCCGCCCACGUGACGGGCGCCCGCGGAAGGCGCCAUGGGUUCCGCUCCCUGGGCCCCGCUCCUGCUGCUGGCGCUCGGGCUGCGCGGCCUCCAGGCAGGGGCCCGCAGGGCCCCGGACCCCGGCUUCCAGGAGCGCUUCUUCCAGCAGCGUCUGGACCACUUCAACUUCGAGCGCUUCGGCAACAAAACCUUCCCCCAGCGCUUCCUGGUGUCAGACAGGUUCUGGACCCAGGGCAAGGGGCCCAUCUUCUUCUACACUGGGAACGAGGGCGACGUGUGGGCCUUUGCCAACAACUCGGGCUUCGUCGCGGAGCUGGCGGCCGAGCAGGGGGCUCUACUGAUCUUCGCGGAGCACCGCUACUAUGGGAAGUCGCUGCCGUUCGGUGCGCAGUCCACGCAGCGCGGGCACACGGAGCUGCUGACGGUGGAGCAGGCCCUGGCCGACUUCGCAGAGCUGCUCCGCGCGCUACGGCGCGACCUCGGGGCCCAGGAUGCCCCCGCCAUCGCCUUCGGUGGAAGUUAUGGGGGGAUGCUCAGCGCCUACCUGAGGAUGAAGUACCCACACCUGGUGGCGGGGGCGCUGGCAGCCAGCGCGCCAGUUCUAGCUGUGGCAGGUCUCGGCGACUCCAACCAGUUCUUUCGGGACGUCACGGCGGACUUUGAGGGCCAGAGUCCCAAAUGCACCCAGGGUGUGCGGGAAGCGUUCCGACAGAUCAAGGACUUGUUCCUACAGGGAGCCUACGACACGGUCCGCUGGGAGUUUGGCACCUGCCAGCCGCUGUCAGACGAGAAGGACCUGACCCAGCUCUUCAUGUUCGCCCGGAACGCCUUCACCGUGCUGGCCAUGAUGGACUACCCGUACCCCACUGACUUCCUGGGUCCCCUCCCCGCCAACCCCGUCAAGGUGGGCUGUGACCGGCUGCUGAGUGAGGCCCAGAGGAUCACGGGGCUGCGAGCGCUGGCAGGGCUGGUCUACAACGCCUCGGGCUCCCAGCACUGCUACGACAUCUACCGGCUCUACCACAGCUGUGCUGACCCCACUGGCUGCGGCACGGGCCCCAACGCCAGGGCCUGGGACUACCAGGCCUGCACCGAGAUCAACCUGACCUUCGCCAGCAACAACGUGACUGAUAUGUUCCCCAACCUGCCCUUCACUGAGGAGCUCCGCCAGCAAUACUGCCUGGACACCUGGGGCGUGUGGCCCCGGCCCGACUGGCUGCUGACCAGCUUCUGGGGGGGCGAUCUCAGAGCCGCCAGCAACAUCAUCUUCUCCAAUGGGAACCUGGACCCCUGGGCAGGGGGCGGGAUUCGGAGGAACCUGAGUGCCUCAGUCAUCGCCGUCACCAUCCAGGGGGGAGCGCACCACCUCGACCUCAGGUGUGGAGGGAGGUGGCCUGGUGGUGGUCGUGGGUCGGGCGGGACAGGCUCACUGAGGGCUGGGGCUGACGGGCCCCCUCUGUGCCCGCUCCCCAGAGCCUCCCACCCAGAAGAUCCUGUUUCCGUGGUUGAGGCACGGAAGCUGGAGGCCACCAUCAUCGGCGAGUGGGUAAAGGCAGCCAGGCGUGAGCAGCAGCCAGCUCUGCGUGGGGGGCCCAGACUCAGCCUCUGAGCACAGGACUGGAGGGGUCUCAAGGCUCCUCAUGGAGUGAGGAGCAGGCUGGCCCCAGCCCUGCCUGUGUCUGCACCUUCCAGGUCCCCGAAGCUCAGCCCACUGUGGCCGGCCCAGCGUGAAGCUGCGGCUUCACUCAAGCAGCAGCUGGCGGCAGAGGGAAGGGGCUGAAUAAAUGCCUGGAGGCCUGGC